UUUGUCGGCCAAAAUCAGUCCGUCACUUCUCAGCUGCUGCAAGGCUCUCCGGUAAUUUGUCUGCAUCCCGAAAAUCCUACGACGCAGUAGAUCCCAGUUUUCAUUCUUAUUUUUGUGAUUGUUGACCAUAAAGUGAAUUAUUCAUUGAAGAUUUGCGUUUAAUUCAGACUGCCAUGUCGUCUAAUCACACCAACGCCAAUGUUUAUGACCGUGAUCCGAGCGACGAUGUUAUCGCCCAGCUGAAGACCAUCGCCACCAAAUUGCGUCUGGAUUCAAUCAAAUGCACUAAUGCCGCAAAAUCCGGGCAUCCGACAUCAUGCGCCUCGUGUGCUGAUAUUCUGGCUGUUUUGUUCUGGCACACCAUGAAACACAAUCCCUUGGAGCCUCGGGACCCCAACAACGAUCGCUUCGUGCUGUCGAAGGGUCAUGCGGCACCGAUUCUGUAUUCUGUCAUGGCUGAGCUGGGCGUGGUCAAGCACGAAGACUUGGAAAAUCUGCGCAAGAUUGACUGCCCGCUGGAAGGUCACCCAACUCCUCGUCUGUCUUUCGUGGAUGUGGCUACCGGUUCCUUGGGUCAGGGAUUGUCAUGUGCGGCCGGUAUGGCAUACGGAGGAAAGUACUUGGAUAAGGCCAACUUCCGAGUGUUCUGCGUAAUGGGAGAUGGUGAAUCGGCUGAGGGUAGCGUUUGGGAAGCCAUGCACUUCGCCAGUCAUUACAAGCUGAAUAAUCUAAUCGCCUGCAUCGAUAUCAACCGACUUGGCCAGAGUGAACCUACAUCGUUGGGCCAUGAUAUGGACACAUACAAGCGACGAUGUGAAGCUUUUGGUUGGAAGACUUUUGUUGUUGACGGUCACGACAUAAAGACGCUGGUGAACACGUUUUAUGAUGCUCGCCGAUCGGAAGACAAACCGGUUAUGAUUUUGGCAAAGACAUUCAAAGGAAAAGGCUUCCCUGGAAUCGAAAAUGAAGAGAACUGGCAUGGCAAGGCCUUGGGCGACAAAGCAGACAAGAUUGUGCAGUCGCUGACGGAAAUUGUUAAAAGCAACAAACCGGUCACCAUCACUCCUGAAGCCCCACAGAAAGCGGAACUCCAGGCAGUCACCCAUGGGAAGGUGCUCCUGAGCGACAAGCCAGAGUACGAACUGGGAAAACAAGUCGCCACUCGUCAGGCUUAUGGAACUGCGCUUGUUAAACUGGCCACCGUGUACCCGCGUAUCAUUGCGCUAGACUGCGAUGUGAAGAAUUCCACAUAUUCAGAAAACUUGAAGAAGGUUUAUCCGCAGAGAUUUGUGGAAUGCUUUAUUGCUGAGCAAAAUGCCAUUGGCGUUGCUAUUGGUCUCUCCACUCGUGGUCGAUUCAUUCCUUUCGUCAGUACCUUUGCGUGCUUUUUCACGCGCGGUUUCGACCAGUUGCGUAUGGGCGCUAUCUCGAUGGCGAAUGUGAAAUUCGUUGGCUCCCACGCUGGCAUCUCUAUCGGAGAGGACGGACCAUCACAGAUGGCACUGGAGGAUAUUGCCAUGUUCCGCUCCCUGCCAGGUUCUACCGUUUUCUACCCGAGUGAUGCAGUUUCCACCGAACGGGCCUGCGAGCUGGCGGCCAAUACCGAAGGCAUUUGUUUCAUCCGCACUGGUCGUCCUGCGAACUCUAUCAUUUAUAAGGGCGAUGAGACAUUCGAAGUCGGAAAAGCUAAAGUCGUUCGACAGAGCGAAAACGAUGUGGUGACCGUUAUUGGUGGAGGAGUGACCGUCCAUGAGGCAUUGAAAGCUGCGGAACAGUUGGCUGGAAAGGGAAUCAAUAUUCGUGUCGUGGAUAUCUUCACCGUCAAGCCUAUUGAUGCAGACACAAUCGUCAAGAGCGCACGCGCGACGAAAGGCCGCAUCCUUACCGUGGAGGAUCAUUAUGCUGAAGGCGGCAUCGGAGAAGCCGUGGCUGGCGCGAUUGCCCAGCAUCCAGAUAUCGUACAGAAAAUGUUAGCUGUCCGUGAAUUGCCUCGUAGUGGCCCACCCAAUGUUCUGCUAGACAUGUUCGGUAUCAGUGCCAAAGCCAUUGUGGCAGCUGUGGAAGGAGACUGGACAAAUGCUAAAUGAGCAGGCGGUUUUUUCUUGAUUGUAGUCAUCAGAGAUUUCUUUUGCUGGCUUUUUGGUGGAUGGUAAUUGAUUUUGGGGCGCUUUCGCUGUAUUGUCUAAUAGUGUAAUGAUCUAGUUUCGGACGUUAACGUUGUUGCUAAAGAUUUGCAGACUGUCAAAAGUUUUUCCGGUAUAGUGGUGAUGCUGCAAAGUUUCCAUUACGGUGAUACGUUCAUUGGUUGGGUUGAAUUAAUUCUGGUCAUGAAUAAAGCAAGUAAUAUGAAA